UCCUGGCAAAGACACGACACUGAAAUUCAUAAGUUCGAACACGCUUCUUGUGCAAGCUGCAUCCUUGUAGGAUAGCAACUACCAUACCAUGAUCAAUCACAGGUCCUUAUCGGAAAAAAAGAUCAAUCACAGGUGGGUGGAUCCGGCAAUCAGUCAAACGCUUCGAGCAAGAUGGAUUAAAGAAAGUGAUUUUAAUGAUCUCGUUGAGGAAACGUGGCAGCAGGCAUAUGCAUCAGCGUGGAGAAAGAAAAAUUAUAUCAAGAAACUGAACGAUGGAGAUGGUAAUUCUGUGGAAGGAAGUUCAGACUAAAGUGACUAAUCAGAUGAAUGAUUUCCUGAUUCACCAUAUACGCAUGAUGAUGUUCGCAAGGCCGUGUUUAGUAUUGGUGAUUUAAAAGCACCAGGGCCAAGAUGGACUACAUGCACUUUUCUUUAAAAAAUAUUGGCAUGUACUCGGUGAUGCUAUCUCAUAGGAGGUAUUGUUUACUCUAAACAUCCGCCAGAUCCCCGCUGAUUGGAACGAUACUUCCAUUGUUCUUAUUCCAAAAGUAGACACACCUGAAUUGAUUACUCAGUACAGACCUAUCAGUCUAUGCAAUGUCCUGUACAAAAUUAUUUCAAAGAUGUUAUCUAUGAGAUUGAAAAGCAUUUUGCCAGAGAUUAUUUCUCCCACUCAGAGUGCGUUUGUUCCGGGUAGAAUGAUAACAGAUAAUGUACUGAUUGCCUAUGAAUGUCUUCAUAAGAUAAAAAAUAAAAGAGUGGGGCAAACAUGCCUGUGUGCAGUAAAGCUGGAUAUGCACAAGGCCUAUGAUCUAGUGGAGUGGAUAUUUUUGCGGAGCAUGAUGCAGAAACUUGGUUUUCAUGAACAGUUGAUUGAAAUUAUCAUGGCAUGUGUCAGUUCUGUAAAAUUCAAGGUGAGAUUUAAUUAUCAAGGAACAGAACUAUUUACUCCAACGAGGGGUAUUCGGCGAGGGGACCCUCUCUCCCCUUAUAUGUUCCUUAUUUGUGCAGGACUUUCUAGUAUGGUGCAGUACGAAGAAGAAGUUUGUGGCAUGGAUGGGAUUAGAGUGUGCAGGAAUGCACCGUCAGUUUCACACCUUUUAUUUGCUGAUGAUUCUCUAAUACUCAUGAAAGUAGAUGUGUUAAAUGCAACUUCCUUAUAGCAAACACUAAUACCUACUGUCAGAGUUCAGGACAGAUGGUGAGUUUGGCUAAGUCAAGCAUAUUCUUUAGUCCUAAUACUACUGUGGUCUCAAGAGCAGAGAUCUGUCAAAUUUUGCAUAUUGAUACUGAAGCACUUUCAGACAAGUACCUUGGCCUCCCAGCUUUAGUGGGAGCUGACAGAAGUGAUUGCCUCACGCAUUUUGUAGAGAAUCAAAAUCAGGUUAAUGGGUUGGAUGGAAAAAAUCCUUUCUACUGGAGGAAAGGAGAUCUUAUUGAAAGCAGUGGCCCAAGCCAUACCUGUUUAUGCCAUGUCUGUGUUUAGUUUACCUAAAGGUAUUUAUAAAGAGAUCACAUAUAUUAUUGCACAAUUUUGGUGGGGUGAUGACGCGGAUAACAAAAGAAUGCAUUGGAUGGCUUGGUGGAAGCUUUCUGUUCCUAAAAGUGAAGGAGGUAUGGGGUUUCGGGACCUAUACUCUUUUAAUCUAGCAAUGCUUGCGAAACAAUGCUGGAGGCUGAUAACUGAACCGAAAUCUUUGGUGGCGAGAGUGCUUAAAGCAAAGUAUUACCCAAAUGGGUCUCUACUAGAGGCAACACCAAAGAAUGGCUCCUCGUUUAGUUGGCAAAGUAUUCUAAAAGGGCUUGACACCUUCAAAAAAAGUUAUAUAUGUAGAAUUGGAACUGGAGAGAAGGUAAACAUUUGCAGAGACCCAUGGAUUCCAUCUAGUGCAGACAGAAUGAUAAUCACUCCAAGAGGUCAAACAAUCAUUACGAGACUAUGUGAAUUAAUUGAUCCGGUUAAUGGGUCAUGGGAUGAAGCCUUGAUUACAGAGUUGUUUAAUCCGGUGGAUGUUCGUAGAAUACUUCAAAUUCCAUUACAUUUGCAAGGUUUUGAUGACUUUAUUGCUUGGCACCCGAAUAGAACAGGAACGUUUUCCGUCAGAAGUGCUUAUCAUAUGCAAUGGAUGCAUAGGUUUCAGGGGCAUGCAACGAUGGAGGGACACCCUGGUGUAUCAACACCAUUGGUAGUCUGGAAAACGCUAUGGAAGCUUCAAGUCCCACGUAAAGUUCAGAUUUUUGGAUGGAGAAUAUUGCGAGGAAUAAUCCCGCUUCGAGCUAUACUUGCUAAUAGACAUAUAGGUUCAAAUGGGGCUUGUCCAAUUUGUAACCUGGGAGUGGAGGACAUCCGACACCUACUUUUCCAGUGCACUAAUGCGAAGGAAUUAUGGAGGAGACUGGGUGUGACACAUAUUAUUGACCGAGCAAUUCAUGUGGAUAGAUCUGGUUCGGCGAUAUUUGAAUUUAUACUGUCUUUACCAGACCAGCAGCUCAUGGUUCAUCAAGAGUUGAAUUUUAAACAAGUUAUAAUUGUUGGAGGGUGGUAUCUAUGGUGGAUAUGGAGACGUGUGACACAUAAUGAAGCAAUUCCGUCAGCAUGGAAGUGGCCGCUAUCGGUACUAUCUAUUUCAAGUAACCAUCAGAGAGCUUCGGCUAUGACACAAGGAACAUAAAUGAAGCAAAAUGGUCUAAGCCCGAUUCUCGAUUUAUUAAAUUCAAUGUGCAUGCAGCGUUCUAUCCUGAUGAAGGUGUAGGUGUCGGUGUCAAAACCGGCGGAUCUCGGGAUGGG